CACCGCAUCCCAUCCACCCCCUCAGUCUAAGGUAGGCGGGAGCAGUUAGAAAAGCUCACUAGCCCACUGCCUUGCACAGAAUAAGUGUUUUAUAAAUGCAGAUUGGAAUGGAUUGGAUUAGACUGAGAUAGCAGUCCCAGGACCCAGGAGCAGAAACCUGGGCUAGGGGUCCAGUGUUGCCUGGGAAUUAGGGAGGAAGGGGCCAGGCUGAGGGAAUUGGUCGGAGCAGAAAGGGAGGGUCAAAGGCUGGGGAGGCCUCGGGACACAGAGCAGGCCGGCCUUCGGGAGGGGGCGGCAUAGUUCGUGAGAGUCAGACUGCCUCAGAGGGAGAGAGCCGGAUGAGGAGGGGAAAGGUCCUCACAGGAAUUAAAACCCAACCUCCCAGCCCAGCCAGCCCCAGGGGAGCUGACGGGGAGCCGCUUCCUGGCCCUGAGAAACAGGACCAUCCUGUAACUGUGAGCCUCAGCCAGGGCUGGGACCCAGACCAGGGCUCGGGCCUGUGAACGGUUUCUUUCCUAGUGCCCACUAUGGUGAUGUAGCCACUCAUCGGUGAAGCGCCUCAAGAGGCAAAGAACCUCGAGGAGGAGGAGGUGGGGAAUUAGGCCACCAUGGAGCCGCCUCCGGCGCUCCAGGCUGUGCUGGGGAGUGAGGUGAUCGCACUGCACUACAACUACACCGGCAAGCUGAACGGCGCACGCUACGAUCCACGCGGGGGUUUGCGCGCAGAUGCUGCAGUCUUCCUGGCAGUGUGUGGCCUCAUCGUCCUGGAGAACCUGGCGGUUCUGCUAGUCCUCUGGCGCCACAAGAAGUUUCACGCGCCCAUGUACCUGCUUCUAGGCAGCCUGACCCUCUCCGACCUAUUGGCCGGCGCCGCCUACACGGUCAACAUCCUGUUGUCUGGGGCCCGCACCUUGCACCUGUCGCCUGCUCUCUGGUUUGCCCGCGAGGGUGGUGUCUUCGUGACGCUGGCUGCCUCAGUGCUCAGCCUGCUAGCCAUAGCGCUGGAGCGACACCUGACCAUGGCAAGCCGGCGGCCGGCGCCCAUACACCGGCGAGGCCGCACACUGCUGCUGGCGGGAGCCGCGUGGCUGGCAUCCUUGCUGCUCGGGCUUCUUCCUGGCCUCGGCUGGAACUGCCUAGGCCGCCUAGCCCAGUGCUCCACAGUGCUUCCCCUCUAUGCCAAGCCCUACGUGCUUUUCUGCGUGCUUGCCUUCCUAGUCAUCCUUGUGGCUAUCUUUGCGCUCUAUGCCCGCAUCUAUUAUCUGGUGCGUGCCAACGCAAAGAAGUUGCAGCUUCGGGCUGCGUCGGGAGGCUCUCGCCGCCUGCCCAAGUCUUUGGCGCUGUUGCGCACGGUGACCGUGGUACUCCUGGCGUUCAUCGUGUGUUGGGGACCACUCUUCUUGCUGCUGCUGCUGGAUGUAGCAUGCCCGGCUCGAGCCUGCCCAGUACUUCUGCAGGCGGACUAUUUCCUGGGACUAGCUAUGGCCAAUUCACUGCUCAACCCUAUUAUCUACACGCUUACUAGCCGGGACUUACGCCGUGCGCUCCUGCGCCUCUUCUGCUGUUACCGGCGCUGCUGUUGCUGCUAUAAGCCCAUGCGUCCAGGGCCAGGUGGUGGCGAGGCUGCGGCCAGCGUGCGCUUCCGGCUACCGUCUAUACUGGAGUGCAGCACUAGCAAAUCGGAGCGCUCCUCGAACCGACAGGAAGGGUUGGACACGAGCGUCUCCACCAGCAAUGCGACACCCACGCGCACUCCAGUUAAAACCUUGGUGCAAAAGACCACAGACUGACACUUUAUUCCCCAACCCCUUUCUAGGACCCAGUCCUCUCUUCCUGCACUAUUUUCACUGGUUGUUUUUUGUUGUUGUUGUUUGAAAAAUGAAUAAAAGUAAUUUGUAUUAGAAUGUCUGAAUAUCAGGGAGCAGACACAUCUCGAGAAUGGAGACCUUGAGGAGAACCUGGGCUGGAAUU